AUGACCAUUCUCCCUUCUCCUGCCUCAUUGCUUCUACGCCAGGUCCGGCUUAUCAUCUCUCCUCCAACAAGCACUUUAUUUGAAUCGCGUGCCAUCUUGUCUGAAGUACAGUCCAAAUUCGGUUCUAUUUCGACUUUCAUUAAUCAGCGCUAUGACCCAGUUCUGCGCCAACACCUGAAGUCUGAACCAAGCCCCACUUCUUCAUCACAAUCACCCUCCCAAACCAUCCUCGCUGUGUUUGACCGGCCUUCCUCUAAGGACUCAGCUAUCGGUUCAGAUCCUUUCACCAUCGUCUGUGGUGGUGAUCUUGUGCCUUCAGCUGAUGAGUUAGACCCUUAUAAUGCUCGUGGCCUCCACGGCCGACACCACCCUCCAAAGCGCACCUUCAGCUGCCACAUUGUUGAGGAGGAAGAUCCUGCUAUCCAUCAGCGAUUGGAUGGACAGCACCCAUACACUGGACCAUUCCGUGUUGACACAUUGCAGUUGAGCUAUGGAGACUUGGUGAAAGCUGGUGGGGCACCCAAGGAGGUCAAGGAGAUGGCCGAUGUGAUGCAAACGGAGCGAGUACCUAUUGAUGACAAGCAUCUCAAACAGCGAAAAGGGUGUGAAGACGAGCUGCAUGGCGUACCGUCUAGAUAUUUCUAUUCCGCAAGUGACAGGCGGGAAGAUCCGCAGCUAGAAGGUGGACUGAUGGCAGCUUGGAGACGCAGCAUUGAGAAGGAGAAGACAGAAGAAGAGUCUCAGAGAUGGGAUGGCACGGAGCCCGCCUCUAGGCUUCAUUAA